AAACACGGCGAGGAUAAAGCAAGAUGGCGUCUGACGGUGAAGACGUUAUUGCAGUCGUCACAGUUCAGUGUUCUUAAUCUGUGCCUCCAUGUACACAUAUAUGUCCUUUAUUGCACUCUAGUAAAUAGAGUAAACAUCGUUAAUAACUGUUUGCAUCUGGUUAUAUUAGUGUGAGAGCUCUUUGAAGCUUCUCGAGCUAGCUUAGCCUGCUAGUUAGCUUAGCUUGUUAGCUGCUAACAAAGAGAGGCGGAAGUGAUCAAAACACAUCGCUAAGUAGAGAUCAAGUGUGAGUGUAAAGUGUUGUGAUUGUGUGAAAAUGUGCCAAAGAACCACAGCAGAGUACGAGGAGGAACUUUGUCCAACAAAAGAGGAGAAGGAGCGACAACAUGAAAAACAUCAAGUUGUGUUACACAGAACAGACAUCCAUCAGCUGAUUGGACACCAAGAAGAAUGUCUCCCUCAUCUGCAGGGGGACAGUUUCACUUUAGAGUAUCCACAGCUCUCACAUUUUAAAGGGGACAAAGAUGAGCCACAGCCCUCUUAUUUCAAAGAGGAAGAGGAGGGAGAGUGUCCUGUAGGGCAGGAGGAGGCUGAUGUCAGCAAGUUUCCACUGACUGUUGUUUCUGUGAAGACUGAAGAGCAUGAAGACAAACCACCUGAGUCCUCACAGCUUCAUCACAGUCCAAACGUCUGUGAAGAACAUCUUCACCCUGAGCAACAGAAGUGGAGCUUCAGGAUGCGGACAGAGGAGCCACAGCCCUCCCACAUUAAGAAGGAAGAGGAAUACCCACUGAUACCCCAUUUUAAAAAGGAAGAGGAGGACCCACUGACACCCCAUUUUAAAAAGGAAGUGGUGGAUCCACUGACCCCUCACUCCAAGGAGGAAGAGGAGGACCCAGUGACCCCUUACAUUAGAGAGGAAGAGGAGGAAGAGGGCAUCAGUCAGCCUAAAUGGUUGGAGGAGUUCCCAGUGACUGGUGUCCCUGUGAAGAGUGAAGAUGAUGAGGUGAAAGGUGAAAGUGAGGAGAGGGGAGGGGGGGAGCCUCCAAGCAGCAGCUCAACACAACACAUGACAACAGAAGCUGAUGGAGACCACUGUGGAGGAUCACAAGCAGACAAGCUCUUAGCUCCACUAUCAGAUAGUGAGGACACAACGUCACACUCUCCUGACACUGAUGAUGAAGACUCUAAAGAUGAUAAGACAUGUCACACUGACAACACUCACUUCACAUCUUCUCUCUGUCACAAAACUUUUAAAUACCAUUGUCGUCUGAAAUCACACAUGAGAACACACACUGGAGAAAAACCUUUUACUUGUUCAAUCUGUAGUAAAGGUUUUGUAAAAAGUAGCUAUUUGAAAGUACACAUGAGAACACACACUGGAGAAAGACCUUUUUUAUGUUCAAUCUGUGGUAAAGUUUUUAUUCGAAGGUACUAUUUAAAAUCACACAUGAGUACACACACUGGAGGAAAACAUUGUUCCUGCUCAGAAUGUGGUAAAAAUUAUACUCAAAGCCAUAAUUUGAAAACACACAUGAGAAUAGACACUGGAGAAAAACCUUUUUCAUGUUCAAUCUGUGGUAAAAAUUUUACUCGAAGGCAAAAUUUUAAAACACACAUGACAAUACACACUGGAGAAAAACCUUUUUCAUGUUCAAUUUGUGUCAAAAAUUUUACUCAAAGGCAAUCUUUGAAAGUACAUAUGAGAUUACACAAUGGAGAAAAAAAAUGUUUCCUGCUCAGACUGUGGUAAAAGUAUCGUACUAAAUCAAAGUUUAAAAGUACAUAUGAGAACACACACUGGAGUAAAACGUUUUUCAUGUUCAAUCUGUGGUAAAAAUUUUACUCGAAGGCAACAUUUUAAAACACACAUGACAAUACACACUGGAGAAAAAACCUUUUUCAUGUUCAAUUUGUGUUAAAAAUUUUACUCAAAGGCAAUCUUUGAAAGUACAUAUGAGAUUACCACUGGAGAAAAUAAAAUUUCCUGCUCAGAAUGUGGUAAAAGUUUUGUAAUAAAUCAAGGUUUAUAAGUACAUUUGAGAACACACACUGGAGAAAAACCUUUUUCAUGUUCAAUCUGCGGUAAAGAUUUUACUCAAAAGAAGCAUUUCAAAGCACACAUGACACUACACACUGGAGAAAAACCUUUUUCAUGUUCAAUCUUUGGUAAAAAAUCUAUUCGAAGGCAACAUUUAAAAACACACAUGAGAAUACACACUGGAGAAAAACCUUGUUCCUUCUCAUAAUGUGGUAAAAGUUUUGUCAUAAGACAAAGUUUAAAAGUAAAAAUGAGAACACACGCUGGUGAAAAACCUUUCAUAUGUUCAGUAUGUUGUAAAAGUUAUAUAGAAGGACGACACUUAAAAUUACACAUGAUAUAGCAGUCUGGUGAAAAACCAUACUCCUGUUCAAGCUGCGAUAAAAGCUUUGGUCACCUAAACACUCUUACAGUGCAUAUGAAAAAGACACCCAGGAGAGAAAGUGUUGAGUUGCAGUGUGUGUGGUGAAAGAUUGUCUUCUAAGUACCAGUGUAAGAAACACAAGUGUGCUGGUGAGAACAGCAGCAGCAAAUGAAACUGCAGGAUUUGAAAUAAACUGUCCAGACUUUCAUUUUGACUUUCUAACAACAUCAGCACAUAUAACAUGUGUGACAUUGUUGUUUGUCUAACACAAUCUUGUUAAUAUGAUUCUAACAUUUAUAGAUUAGAGACUUCAGAUUAGUGUGUUUAUUACAGUCAUGUACAUGCAUUAAUAUACACAUUUGUGUACUUUGAAAUGAACACAACAAUUUGACUGAAAAGGUGAGAAUAAACAGUACAUACAAUUAUGUUACAUGCAAUAAACAUUGUAUGUGUAAAUAUCCAUAAUUUACCUCUAUACUUAUUCAUAAUAGUGUUUUAUAUGUUUUUUGAAAAAUGACGUGUUACAUAUUUUAUUUUGUAAUUGUAGAUAAUUCCAUAGAUGAACUCCUUUAUAUGAUGUACAUAUUUGUUUUACAUGUGUUCAUACCUUUGCUUUUGAGUACACAUAAAUCCCUCUUAGUUCAUAUUUACUGGUUCACAUCUGAAACAUCUUCUGGACCACUUCUGGAAGCAUAUUAUUAUUUACUUUAUACAUCAUUUGAACAGUUGUCUUUUAUACAAGAUCUUUUACUUUUAAAAUGUGUGACUUUAUGAAUAAUUUGUUGGGUCUCUAUAAUCCAUUCUAUGA